UGUGAGAAAACGUGCUUUUUGGUGCUUUCUCUCUCAACCUUCCUAAAAAUGCACUGCUACCUGUGGAGCGUCUUCCUCACCUUGGAUCUGGCCACGGUGGCCUUCGCCCUGUCGACGUGCAGCACCCUCGACAUGGAUCAGUUUAUGCGCAAGAGGAUCGAAGCGAUCCGGGGGCAGAUCCUGAGCAAACUGAAACUCAACAGCCCUCCGGAAGAGUACCCGGAGCCCGAGGAGGUUUCUCCGGAGGUCAUCUCGAUCUACAACAGCACCAGGGACCUGUUGCAGGAGAAGGCGAACCACAGGGCAGCUACUUGCGAGAAGGAGAGGAGCGACGAGGAGUAUUACGCCAAAGAGGUUUACAAAGUAGACAUGCAGCCUACUUUCCAGUCCGCAAAUCUCAUCUCAACAAACCACCCCAUCCCCUAUUUUAGACGAGUGAGAUUUGAUGUCUCGGCGAUGGAAAAAAACGCUUCCAACCUGGUGAAGGCAGAAUUUAGAGUCUUUCGAUUGCAGAAUCCAAAGGCUCGUGUCUCGGAACAACGGAUAGAACUGUAUCAGGUUCUGAAAACCAAAGAUCUAACAUCACCUAUGCAGCGCUACAUUGAUAGCAAGGUAGUUAAAACCAGAGCUGAGGGCGAGUGGCUAUCUUUCGAUGUAACUGAUGCAGUACACGAGUGGCUCCACCACCGAGACAGGAAUCUUGGAUUUAAGAUAAGUUUACACUGUCCAUGUUGCACGUUCGUGCCUUCAAAUAAUUAUAUCAUCCCAAAUAAAAGUGAAGAGCUAGAGGCAAGAUUUGCAGGUAUUGAUGACUACUACACAUAUCCCAGUGGUGAGAAAUCUUUAAAGCCCAGUAGGAAAAAAAACAGUGGGAAGACCCCACAUCUUCUGCUAAUGUUAUUGCCCUCCUACAGAGUUGAGUCGCAACAGUCCAGUCGGCGGAGGAAGCGUGCUCUAGAUGCUGCCUAUUGUUUUAGGAACGUGCAAGACAACUGCUGCCUGCGCCCAUUUUAUAUUGACUUCAAGAGAGAUCUGGGAUGGAAAUGGAUACAUGAACCUAAAGGAUACCAUGCAAAUUUCUGUGCAGGAGCUUGUCCUUAUUUAUGGAGCUCAGAUACUCAGCAUAGUAGAGUUCUCAGCUUGUAUAACACUAUCAACCCAGAAGCCUCUGCAUCUCCAUGCUGUGUAUCCCAAGAUUUGGAGCCCCUCACCAUCUUGUAUUACAUUGGAAAAACGCCCAAAAUCGAACAACUUUCUAACAUGAUCGUAAAGUCUUGCAAAUGCAGCUAAGGGAUAUUCUGAAGCAGCACCAGCAAGUGCAUUGGAAAAGAAAGGAAGAAAACAAAACAUAAGAAGAAGAAGAAGAAGAAAUGUAAAGAACACAUAGGGUCAAGCAGUGAUUUAAAAAAAAAAAUACAAAGGAGAAAAAAAGCGGUACUAGUCCAAAUCGUUUGAGAGUUUGUUUCAUUGUUUUGCGUUUUGUUUUCAAAAAAACCACACACCAUCAUCUGAAGCAAAAACCGUGAAGGCCUUAUCCUACAUUUCAACUACUCGGUUAGUGAGAUAGACAAGAAGGAAUUUUCUUUUUUUUUAAAAAAAGCAAAAAAAAAAAAAUACUAACAAGAAAGAAAAGAAAAUUAAAAAAAAUUAAAAAAAUAAACACUGGAAGAAUUUGAUAGAGUUCUUAUGUGAAAGGAAAAAAACAGGAAAAAUAUCCCAUUCAGUGGAGUUGCUGUAUCUGUUCCGUGGCUUACUUGACCUCCGUGUUACGCCAUAGAUGCUCUACCCAUUCCCUGUAGUUCUUAGGAAUUAACAGCGCAUUAUUUAUUUUUGUGUUAUAUGAUCAAAUGAGGGAGCAUGUCAUUACCAUUGGGGAGGGGUGGGGGGAACGAGGGAGCAAAAAAACAAACAAAAAACGAGCAGACCAAAUAAACUGCAAGAAACCUGGUUUCAUUCCUUAGAAACCUGAGCUCAAAAAAAGAGAUUUUUUUUAAAAAAUCCUGCAAACCAUGAUUUGUUUAGCUCAGUUAAAACAGUAGUUCGCUAUUUUUCAGGAAGUCUGCCUUAAAAAGAAAAAGCCACAUACACCGUUGUUUUUCUUGCCAAGAGCCUAUGCAAAGCCUCGCACCAUUUGUUUUUAUACUGAAAACCUUAACAAUAAAGGACAUUUUUGUUUCAGUCUCAAAGACAAGUCUAUUAAGAUUCUUUUAAACAUGCGAACACACCACCACCAGUGACUGUAAAUGAACUAAACUGUUAGUUUAGUAAACCAGUGAAAUAUUUAACAUGUACUGGUCUAAUCUUCAGACCCUAAUAUGUUGCUGUAUAGCUAUUGCUUUGGGAUUGUUUGUCUGUUUUAUUUGUGUGUGCGCGGGAAUUUUCUUUUGUUUUUUUGUUUUGUAUAUGUAACCGUACCUAUAGUAUUACAAUAGGUGGGUAGUAAGAAGCCAGCUUAAUUGGAAACAUAUCUGUAGAUCUCUAUUGUAAACUAUUAAAAAAUUAAGUACUUUA